AUAUUCUUAAGAUAUAUAUCUGGAGGCAAAGGAAAGCGAUUCAGCAGCGUGGUAGCAGGUUGCGACGGAGACGCACGGACUAUUUACACAUAUGCACUAGCAAAGUCGUUGCAUCCAAUGAACGGGAUUCGGUACCUCCCACUCGCCUGAAUAUCUGGACCGUCGGGCUGUCAAACGGGGAAUUCUUUUUAAAUUACAGCUCCUGGUUGUUACUAUUGGGACGAAAUCAGCUUGGCUGGAACUAACUAUCUACUCGCUGGUGAAAACUUGCCUCCACUUGUCACAAUAAAAACACCAGAGAGACAUUUCCCCAGCGACUCUCAAAAACUCACCGAAGUCUUUUUGGGAUCUUUUAGGAUCACGGUCGACUUUGUUUGGCGUGUUUAACCAGGCUUCUCAGAAAGAAAGAGAUAAUGAGGUGGUGGACUUUGCUUGCUGCGGUAGCUCUCUGUGGACUACCUCGUUUAUGCGCAGAGCUGGGGGUGAUAUCGGGGGUGGCGACCCGCUGCGAUGGCCGGGCCUGUAACCCCCGCAUGGGGAACCUGGCACUGGGGCGACGGGUGCUGACCCAGUCCGUGUGCGGCUACAACGGCACCGAGCCGUACUGCUCCUACUCCGACUACGCUGGGGCCUGCGGGACGCCCAAAUGCGGCAAGUGCAACGCGGCCCACCCCCACCAGGCCCACCUGGCGGCCUCCAUGGGCGACUCGUCCUUCCGCCACCCCGACACGUGGUGGCAGUCGGCGGAGGGCGCGCAUGCCGAGACGGUGCAGCUGGACCUGGAGACGGAGUUCUACAUGACGCACCUGAUCCUGGUGUUCCGCUCACCGCGGCCAGCCGCCAUGGCGCUGGAGCGCUCCCAGGACUUUGGCCGCACCUGGACGGCGCUCGCCUACUUCGCCCGAAACUGCAGCGAAGCCUUCGGCCUGCGUGAGGGGGCGGCCCAUGCGGUGAACGGGGCUACCUGCACCUCCAAAUAUUCCGGAGCCUUCCCCUGCACGCGCGGAGAGGUGAUCUACCGUGCCCUCUCCCCCUGGCGCUCCCUGGACCCUUACAGCUCAGCCGCCCAGCAGCAGCUGCGGGUCACAAACCUGCGGGUUCGCCUGCUCCAGCGCCAGUCCUGCCCCUGCCAGGCCAAGGACCCCGCCGCCCAGGGCCUGCCCACCCAGCACUACGCCAUCUACGACUUCAUCGUCAAGGGCAGCUGCUUCUGCAACGGGCACGCCGAGCACUGCAUGCCCGCCCAUGGGUACCAGCCAAUGAGAGAGAGGACCAAUCACGUGGUCCAUGGGAAGUGUGUGUGCAGGCACAAUACAGCGGGGGACCACUGCGAGCGAUGCGCCCCCCUCUACAACGAGCAGCCCUGGCAGGCUGCCAACGGCCUCACGGGGGCUGCUAACGAGUGCAGGAAGUGCAAGUGUAAUGGCCAUGCCGAGAGCUGUCACUUCGACUGGGAGGCGUGGCUGGGGUCGGGGCGCCGCAGCGGGGGCGUGUGUGACGACUGCCAGCACAACACGGAGGGGCGGCACUGCGAGAGCUGCAAGAGUGGAUUCUACCGCGACCCGCAGCGACCCGCCUCCGCCCCCGACUCCUGCAAACCCUGUGCCUGCCACCCUGUGGGCUCUGUGCCCUUCCACCUGAGCGGGGGCGCCCUCUGUGACCCCAGCAACGGGGACUGUGUCUGCAAGCCGGGCGUGGGCGGUCCGCACUGCGACAGGUGCAUGGUGGGGUACUGGGGGUUCCAGGACUACGGCUGCAGACCCUGCGACUGCGCAGGCGACUGUGACCCCUUCACUGGAGACUGCAUGUCUGGCUCUGACCUGGAGCUCUACUACAGAGGAGACCACCCCUUGGGGCACAAUGACAGCGAGCACGGGUCCAUCUUCAGAGCAGACGAGCUCUUCUCUGCCCUGCAUUACUCAGAGAAAUGUGAAUGCAAGGAGCAGAUCCUGGGAAGCCCCAAAAUCUUCUGUAGCAUGAAAUACGCUUAUGUCCUGAAGGUGAAGGUCCUCUCGGCCCAUGAUAAGGGCUCCCACGCGGAGGUGGACGUGAAGGUGAGGAAGGUGCUCAGCCAGAACACCAAGGUGAAGAUCCAGCGGGGACGAGUCAUCCUGUACCCCGAGUCCUGGACCGCCCGGGGCUGCACCUGCCCCAUCCUCAACCCAGGAGUGGAGUACCUGGUGGCCGGGCAUGAGGACCGCAGGAAGGGCCGCUUGGUGGUCAACAUGAAGAGCUUCGUCAAGCCCUGGAGGGCCAGCCUGGGACGCAAGGCCCUACAGUUCCUCAAGACGGACUGCAAGUGGUAGAGCUGGCGGGGCGAGGCUGGGGCUGAGAGAGAGAGAGUGAGAGAGGGAGAGAGAGGCGAGAAUGAAGAGACUGCCAUCAUUUUUGUUUCUGUGCACUGAGGAGGAGAGCAGGGGAGAGACAGAGGAGGAUGUUGCUGAAAGGUACCGAGGAGUACCCGUGCGCAGCCAGCUCCUCAGAGACCGAACUGAAAAAAGAGCAGGAAAACAGGAAACGCUGGGCAAGGUUAGCGUUAGCGUUAGCACUCAGCGAGCUCUGGAUUCAGUGCGCUUUGGUCUCAGACCCCUCAGUGCUAGCCAUAACCUCCUCAAAGACCAUGCCACGUUCUCUACUGCUGGACUCUGUUAGCUUUGGUCUGGUCUUCAAUGCUGGCCACAGAUGCGGCUACCAUUUCUGAAGCACUUUAUACAUAAGCGGACAGGCGGGGGUGCAGCGUUUUGACCCUGAACCUGGGUGGGGGAUGGACGGAUGGAUGGAUGAGCAGAUGGCAGAUUUUCUUACCUGCCUGUGAGGAAGAUGACAGGCUCCCUCCACAAGAUCGUCCGGGAAGAUUAGACCGCUUCAGCCCCGAAACAGUACGUCAUUGGUGGUUUAGCCACUCGGGUGACCUUUGCCCUCGACAUGUAACAUGUGACUGCGCUGGGGGUUUCACAUGUCGCUGACGAACACAGAUGGAUGCGAAAGUUAAACGUUGUGUUUCUUUGCGAGUUCUUUCGUUGGAAAGGUGAACUGUCUGUCUACACAUUACUGCUCCGCCUUCUACUGGGCUUCAUGGCUGAACAGACAGGGAGACAGACACACACACACACACACACACACACACACACACACACACACACACACAUACUUUCUCUCUCAUACACACACACACACACACACACACAUACACACACACUGCACGUAGAAGAUAUCAGAGUCCAGAAUGGUGGAUUGAGACUUAUAUUGAUGUUUUUCAGGUUACAAAGCCAUAAAUGCCAUGGGUUUUCAAUCGUGAUACUAGUUAUGAUGUGUAUAACAAUGCAAAAAGACAGAAAAGGCAAGCCCCGGCAUUAUAAAAAUGCAAUAUAAUAUAAUAUCCCAAAUGUCUAGUGUUGUGUGCACUUAUUGGAGGUCUGGGAAAGACCAGACUCUGGUGUCUUUAACUUUUUUGUUUUUUGUUCUGUACAGUAUAUAUUAAUGAUGAUAAUAAAGGCAUAAGAUUGAUUUCAUUUUCCAUGUAGGUUUCUGCAGUUGAAGAUCUGGACUCAGUAAAUGCACAUUAUCGCCACAACAGUCUGAUUCAAUUCAAACUUUGGUUUAUGUUUUGAAUGGCUUCAAGUAUUGUUCUCUGAAAAAAAAGAAAGAGUUGUUGGUUUUACAUACCAAGCAUUUGCCAGACAGCGUAAGGCAAAAUUCCUUGGUAUGUUCAACCAAACACUUAACCUGUAUUUAACCUGUAUUUAAUUUUCAGAUAUUCAGUUCCUCAGAGAAAUAAAAUCUAUAUCAAACUACAGUUAGAUGUGUCAGAAUAUAAUAUAUGAUAAAGAUAUUGCUCCUUUUUUCAGUGAACAAUUAUAAUUGAUGGCCGUAAAGCUGUAAGCAUUUAGAUACAGUAUAUUCACAUAUUAAAGACUCUAACCCUCA